GAGAGCGAGCGAGCGCGCGUGUGUGUGUGUGUGUGAGAGAGAAGCGAGGGCUCGAGACCGACUGGAUCAAUUCGGAUUUUUUUUUGUUUUUAAACCGAUAAAAAGUGAAUAAAAAGCCGGACUUGGGCUCGGGUUUAAGGAGAGGAAGCGUCAGGGAGCCGUUUAACCGAAAACUAGUCUGUUGGAGCGGGACAGAAGGGAGAGUGUGUGGAGUUUAAAUCUGAGGUCUUGAUCACCUACGUUCUCUGAUGUGAAUUAAGGAAACAUGGAAUGACAUGCUGCAGAUUAGCUAGCGGAUUAGCUGUUGCUUUACAGGACGUGUGCAGCGCACGCUUUCUUUUUUUAUUCCCUGUGUCCAUCUCAGAACAAACAUGGCUGACCCAGGGAUGAUGAGUCUCUUUGGAGAUGAUGGGAAUUUAUUCUCUGAUGGUCUGGAAGGCUUGGGGGACUGCGGGUACUCCUCCCAAGGCCAAGCCAAUCCCAUGAACCCACAGAUGACGCACGAGCACCAAGCUUACAGCCAGAUCCACCUCUCAACUCCUCCUGUUGCCUCUCAGCCCAAAAUGGGACACCCCUUUGACCACUUUGGGCAGUACGACCCUCAAGGAGGACGGAUGAUGGCUAACGGACCUGGCCCUGCUAAUGGGAUUUCAUCUCCUCAUUCACGCUAUCAUGGUGGAAACAGCACAGCUGGUGGACAUCAUGUCUAUCCGGGAGCACAGGGUGAUGCAAGAGGGGCGGGACCAGGAGCAGCACAGUCGUUCCAGGAGGGUGGAGGAGCCACCCCGGGUAAUAACUGGGGUCCUCAAGGGAUGCAGCUGCCUGACCAAAAUCGAGCCCAAUUUCAACAGUCACAACAACAGCAAGUUCACGGACACCAAAUGGGUUCCUACAUGGGACGCACCGAAUUUGGUGGAAUGCAAGGGCACAACCAAACUCAGACACCACCAAGGAUGAACCACUUCCCCCAAGGUUUGCCACAGGAAGCAAACCGUUUCAUGGGACACAUGGGAGCCAAUAUGACGACGUCUGCCAUGCGGCAUCCGUCUCAAACUCCUCAGCAUCAGCAGGCUGGCCAGCAGUUUCUGCACCAUCACCCAGAGUCACAGUUUCCUCAAAGCCCUUCAAAGCAGCAGCAGAUGAUGAGCGGCCGAGGCCACCAGAACAUGGGCUUCAGCAUGAACAACCAGCAAGUCGCCAACAACAGCUCAGGUCAAUAUGCCCCUUAUCCUCAAUACGGUGGCCUAAAUCAGGGUUUAGCCAACACUUCAGGGAUGAGCCUCACCACCAGCAGCAACCCCAGUGCUCCUGUGCAGUGUUACCCCACCCCUGCAGGACCACAGUGUUACCCAGUGAACCAGUUACCUCCUCAGAAUAUGCAUCCUGCGCAGCCUAAAAUUCCGCAGCAGCACCUCGCUCCACCUCCUCAGGGAUCUUAUGCUACUCCUCCUUCCAUGUCACCCAUGAGGAACCUGGGGGGCAACCCUGCUGGAACUCCGCCCCCUCAAAGGGGCCAAGGUCCGAUCUCACACCCCCAGCAGCACCCCCAGAUGUACGGCACCUUGUCACCCAAUCAGAGAGCAAUGAAUGCACCCAACCACACAGAGGUUCUCCCGCAGCAGCUGCAGACAUCUACAUUGCAGUUUCAGCAGGUGCAGCAGGUGAGAACUCCACCUGCACUCCCUGUGACCCAGCAGCCACCGGACUCGUCUCCUCCACCACCACUGCUGCAUGGGAACUGGUCCUCCAACACUCAUUCGUCACCACCAGCUAACCACCACCAAGUGCCUCACGUGCAGCAUUCUCCAUCAGAUACUUCCCAAACCCCAUCCUCCACCCACAUGUCCACCUCGAGCUCCACCCUGCAGCUCUGUGACACUCAGCCGCCCGACAGCAAGCCCAAGCCCAAGAAGAAGAAGAAGAAGAAAGCAAAGGAGGCUGAGGAGGCAGCAGGGGGGAAGGACGAGGAUGUAGGCAUGGAUGUGGGAGGAGCCUUAGGAGAUGGAGCAACAUCUCCACCUGAAAAGAAGAGCAAAAAGAAACCAAAAGACAAGGAGGCCAAGGAAUCAAAAGAGUCCAAGACUCCUAAAACCCCCAAAACGCCCAAAACACCCAAAGAACCCAAGGAGAAGAAGGUCAAGGUGACCAUUCCUAAAGCCAAGAGCACCAAGAAGCUCAGCAGUAAGAAGACUGACACUGAGAGCAGCACCAAGAAGGAGGGAAAGAGGAAGAGGGAAUCAUCCAUCACUUCAGAUACAGAGAAAACCCCGCCCCCUUCUCCAGAGGAGGAGGAGGAGGAUGAUGAUGGGGUCCAGAAGAGACGCUCAAGUCGACAGGUGAAGAGAAAGCGCUACACUGAAGAUCUGGAGUUCAGGAUCUCAGAUGAUGAUGAUGAAGAUUCUGCAGGACCCAAAUCUCCUUCUACCACAUCUGAACAAACUGAGGUGCCUGAUGCUGAAGGUCCAGUAGUAGAGAAGAUAAUGGGAUUACGUACAGUUAAGAAACAGCUGGAGUCAGGACAGGAAGUGGAGUUUGAGGAAUUUUAUGUCAAGUUCAAGAGUUUCUCCUACCUGCACUGUCGCUGGGCUGAUCUAGAGGAGCUGGAGAAGGAUAAGAGAAUCCACCAGAAAGUGAAGCGCUAUAAAGCCAAACAGGCCCAUAACAACUUCCUCACCGAGAUGGACGAUGAGCCCUUUAACCCUGAUUACGUGGAGGUGGAUCGAGUUCUAGAUGUUUCUGAGAGUACAGAUGAAAAUGGAGAGCCAGUGAGUCUGUACCUGGUGAAGUGGUGUUCCCUACCAUAUGAAGACAGCACGUGGGAGCUGAAGGUUGACAUUGACGCGGGGAAGAUCGAGGAGUUUGAGCAAGUGAUGAGUCGAGAGCCUCAGCUGAAGCGUGUGGAGCGACCUCCGGCUAGUGACUGGCAGAAAUCCGAGAGUUCCCGCGAAUAUAAAAACAGCAACGCACUCAGGGAAUACCAGCUAGAGGGAGUCAACUGGCUCCUGUUCAACUGGUACAACACACGGAACUGUAUCCUGGCGGAUGAGAUGGGUUUGGGGAAGACGGUGCAGUCCAUCACGUUCCUGUACGAGAUCUACCUAAAGGGGAUCCAUGGACCAUUCCUGGUCAUCGCUCCACUCUCCACUAUUCCUAACUGGGAGCGAGAGUUCAGAACAUGGACCGAGCUCAAUGUGGUGGUGUAUCACGGCAGUCAGGCAAGUCGCAGGACCAUCCAGGCCUACGAGAUGAACUACAGAGACGCUCAGGGUCGUGUUAUAAAGGGCGCCUAUAAAUUCCACGCCAUCAUCACAACAUUUGAGAUGAUCCUGACAGACUGUCCAGAGCUACGCAGCGUCCCGUGGCGCUGUGUGAUCAUCGAUGAAGCUCACAGGUUGAAGAACAGGAACUGUAAACUGCUCGAGGGACUCAAGCUCCUGGAUAUGGAACACAAGGUUCUCCUAACAGGAACCCCACUACAAAACACUGUGGAAGAACUCUUCAGCCUGCUGAACUUCCUGGAGCCGGGGCGCUUUCCCUCAGAGUCCACCUUCAUGCAGGAGUUUGGAGACCUCAAAACUGAAGAACAGGUUCAGAAGCUGCAGGGAAUCCUCAAACCCAUGAUGCUGCGGAGACUGAAAGAGGAUGUGGAGAAAAAUCUGGCACCGAAAGAGGAGACCAUCAUUGAGGUGGAGCUCACCAACAUCCAGAAGAAAUACUACAGAGCCAUACUGGAAAAGAACUUCACCUUCCUGUCCAAAGGUGGAGGAGGAGGAGGAGGAGGAGGAAGUUCUAGUGUCCCCAACCUCCUUAACACCAUGAUGGAGCUGCGCAAGUGCUGCAACCACCCCUACCUCAUCAAUGGAGCGGAGGAGAAGAUCAUGGAGGAGUUUAGGGAGAGCCACCCAGCUGAUAUGCCUGACUUCCAUCUACAGUCCAUGGUCCAGGCGGCGGGGAAGCUGGUGCUCAUUGAUAAGCUCCUCCCUAAACUGAAGGCUGGAGGCCACCGCGUCCUCAUCUUCUCCCAGAUGGUGCGCUGCCUCGACAUCCUGGAGGAUUACCUCAUCCAGAGGCGGUAUCCUUAUGAGCGUAUUGAUGGCAGAGUUAGAGGGAAUCUGCGCCAGGCUGCUAUAGAUCGUUUUUCCCGUCCCGACUCGGACCGCUUUGUCUUCCUUCUGUGUACUCGGGCUGGAGGGUUGGGCAUCAACCUGACCGCCGCUGAUACCUGUAUCAUCUUUGACUCAGACUGGAACCCACAGAAUGACCUGCAGGCCCAGGCUCGAUGCCACCGGAUCGGUCAGAGUAAAGCUGUGAAGAUUUACAGACUGAUCACCAGGAACUCGUAUGAAAGGGAGAUGUUUGACAAGGCCAGUCUGAAGCUGGGUCUGGAUAAAGCUGUGCUGCAGUCCAUGAGUGGACGAGAGAAUGCUGCUAAUGGGGUUCAGCAGCUGUCCAAGAAGGAGAUUGAGGAUCUUCUGCGUAAGGGAGCGUACGGAGCGCUGAUGGACGAGGAGGAUGAAGGCUCCAAAUUCUGUGAAGAGGACAUUGACCAGAUCUUACAGAGACGCACUCAGACCAUCACCAUAGAGUCCGAGGGCAAGGGCUCCACCUUCGCCAAGGCCAGUUUUGUGUCAUCAGGGAACAGGACAGAUAUUUCCCUGGAGGACCCAGAUUUCUGGCAGAAAUGGGCAAAGAAAGCCGAGCUGGACCUGGAUGUCAUUAAUGGCAGGAACACGCUGGUGAUCGACACACCUCGGGUGAGGAAACAGACCCGGCACUACAGCUCCAUAAAGGAAGACGAGAUGAUGGAGUAUUCGGAGCUGGAGAGCGACUCUGAGGAUAAACCAGUUACAAAACCUCGGCGGCCACAAGACCGGGCUCAGGGGUACCCCCGCAGCGAGUGUUUCAGGGUCGAGAAGAACCUGCUGGUCUACGGUUGGGGGAGGUGGAAGGACAUCCUUUCUCACGGGCGGUUUAAACGUCCUCUAUACGAGCGAGAUGUUGAGAUGAUCUGCAGAGCGCUGCUGGCUUACUGCCUUCUCCACUACAGAGGAGAUGAGAACAUCAAGAGCUUCAUCUGGGACCUAAUCACUCCUACUGAGGACGGACAGAGCAAAACACUAACUAACCACUCAGGUCUGUCUGCUCCUGUACCACGUGGUCGUAAAGGCAAGAAGGGAAAGUUACCAGCGACUCAGACGAAUGUGCCUCAGGCUGAUUGGUUGACGGAGUGUAACCCAGAUGUGCUGCUGCAGGAGGACAGCUACAAACGCCACCUUAAACACCACUGCAACAAAGUGUUGCUGCGGGUGCGAAUGCUCUACUAUCUGAGACAGGAAGUGAUCAGUGACCUGGCAGACCGCAUCCUGGACGGAGCUGAUUCCAGUGAGCUGGAUAUCUGGAUUCCACACCCACUCCAUGCUGAAGUUCCCACUGAUUGGUGGGAUGUGGAGGCUGAUAAAUCGCUCCUCAUCGGUGUGUUUAAACACGGUUAUGAGAAAUAUAACUCGAUGCGAGCCGACCCGGCGCUGUGUUUUUUGGAGCGAGUGGGAAUGCCGGAUGCCAAAGCCAUUGCCGCUGAGCAGAGGGGAGCGGACAUGGUGGCAGAUGGUGAGGACGAAGACCCUGAGUACAAACCAUUGCGUAUGCCCUUCAAAGAUGAUCUGGAUGAUUUCACUAACUCUCCUCUGGAUGACAAAGAGGAGGUGAUGGAGUUAGAGACCGGAGAAGCCCCUAAACUGAGUGAGGUACACGGGGGUAAAGUUGGGAAUCUGUACUGGCCUGCAGCGUCAGCUCUCACCGCACGUUUGCGUCGCCUCAUUACUGCGUACCAGCGCUGUCACAAGAGACAGGAGAUGCUGAUUAAACCGGACGGCCGUAGACGCAGACGUCACCGUGAUGACCACCUCCUUGCUAUGGCAACUGAGGGCGGGGCUUACAGUCUGGAGCCCAACAGGGUGGCUGCAACAUCAUAUCUGACUGAAGGAGCUUCGUUUGUUAAAACCUCACCAUUCCUACACGAGAGCGCCGCCCUGUUGGCCGACGGAGCUGCAUUCUUCAAAGAGAGACGUCAGAGGUGGACGAGGCGUGAAGAGGCUGAUUUUUACCGUGUGGUUUCUACAUUCGGGGUUGUUUAUGAUGUCCAGACACAGUGUUUUGACUGGUCCCAGUUCCGGGCCUUUGCUCGUCUUGAUAAGAAGACCGAUGAGAGUCUGGAGAAAUAUUACUAUGCCUUUGUGGCCAUGUGCAAGCGCGUGUGCCGAAUGCAGGUCAAAGACUCAGCAGAGCUGGCCGACCCAACUCUGAUCAUCGACCCCAUCACAGAGGAGAGAGCCUCCCGCACACUGUACCGUAUCGAGUUACUGCGACAGAUUAGGGAGCAGGUUUUGCCCCACCCCAAACUGGAGGAGAGACUCCGCCUGUGUCAGCCCAGCCCCGACCUCCCGGCCUGGUGGGAGGCAGGAAAACACGAUCGGGACCUUCUCUACGGAGCUGCCAAGCAUGGAGUCAGUCGCACAGACUACCACAUCCAGAAUGACCCAGAGCUCGGCUUUCUGCAGGCUCAACGCCAGAGCCGAGGAUCUGAGAUGGCCCUGACCUCGAACCCUCUCACCAUCGUGGAUCUGAUUAAGGACGAGCUCAAAUACGACACUAUGGGAAAAGCAGACAUCGAGGAAACGAAAGAGGAGAAAGCAGAGGCCGCUUCACCCAAACAGGAAGUGAAGACUGAAGAGGAAGAAAAGACUCAGAACAUGGAGAAAAAAGAGAAUGACAAUGAAGCAGAAGUGAAGAGCGAAGAAAGUCACAGUAUUCUUCAAGUGACUGACGAGGAGAAGGUCACAAAGUCUGAGGACUCACUCACACUUCCUGUUAGUGUCGGCAAAGACACGAUCACAGAGGAACCGGAGAACCCGACAGGUCCGGAGGAGAACCCCAACACCGAGAAGGCUUCUGAGGAGGAGGAGGAGGAAGAGUUAGAGGGGGAGAAGAUGGAUGAGGACAAAUCAGAGAAAUCAUCACAGGCUGAAGCCGAAGCAUCCUCAGACAGGAAGAACUUUGAUGAAGAGAGUAACGCCUCCAUGAGCACAGCACGAGACGAGACACGGGAUUAUUUCGGCAUGGACGAUGGCGAGCCCUCUGUGUCUCAGACCUUUGGUGAACGAGCUGCCUUCUCCUUCUGGCCCAAGGACCGGGUGAUGAUCAAUCGAAUGGACAGCAUCUGUGAGGCCAUCAUCAAGGGCAAGUGGCCAUCCAAUAGGAGGCAGUUAUUUGACUUGCCUGGCCUGUUGCCUGGAUAUGGUGCCAUGGCAACGGACAGCCCUAUACCCAGGAGGAGCAUGGGAGACUUCUCCAUGAUGAAUCAGAGUAGCUACAGUGGGAGUGAUGACAUCACCUUGUCACCACAGGUCAAUAAGGCAAAGGCUCUGAGUCUGUCUGUUCCUCGUCAGCGGAGACGCAGAAGAAGGAAAGUGGAGAUCGAGGCCGAACGAGCUGCAAAGCGCCGCAAUCUCAUGGACAUGGUUGCGCAGCUCCGUGAGUCUCACGCUGCAGAGAGCCAGACUCGAGCUAUGGAUCUCACUAAAGCUCUACACGGCCUGGCUCCUUCCUCCUCCACCUCCACCUCCUCUUCAGCCUUCCCCAGUGCUAUGGCUUCCCCAAUGGAGCUGCUGCACGCCGCCGGAGCUUCCAGAGCCAACGGAGCGAUGCUGGAGGCUGAAAUUCCCACACGAAGGAGGAGAGGACGCAGGAAAAAUGUUGAGGGCCUCGAGCUACUCUUCAUGGGCAAUAAGAGUUCAAAGCUCAACACGGAAGAUUCUAACGGGACCAAAGGUUUUACAGACGGAGCACACGUGCUGGCACAAGCACACACACACAUUCCAGCUCCUGCACAGAAGGAGGAGGGCGACCAUCUUAAAGCAGAGGAUGGAGCGAGCACCAAGGAUUUACAGGAGUGGCUUAGACAACAUCCCACCUACACCAUGGAUGUGCCUGGAUACAUACCAAAGAGUGAAGAGCUUCUCCUCUCGCAGCUCGGUAAACCCAAGCAGAAAAGACAUCGCUGUCGAAACCCAAACAAGAUCGACAUCAACACGCUGACUGGAGAGGAGAGAGUUCCUGUGGUCAAUAAGAGGAACGGUCGAAAGAUGGGGGGUGCUAUGGCUCCUCCGAUGAAGGAUCUGCCACGGUGGCUGGCUGAGAAUCCCGAGUUCGCUAUUGCUCCAGACUGGACAGACAUCGUCAAACAAUCUGGUUUCCUGCCCGAGUCCAUGUUUGACCGCCUUCUGACUGGUCCGGUGGUCAGAGAAGAGGGGAUCCGGCGCCGAGGACGAAGACCUAAAUCUGAGAUUGCUAAAGCAGCUGCAGCUCAAGCUUCUCUCUCUGCAGCUUCUUCAGCCUCCACCUCAGGCGUGAACCCCUUCCUGCUGAACAGCCUUUUUGGGGGAAUGGACCUAAGCAGCCUGCAGAACCUACAGAACCUACAGAACCUGCAGCUCCUCAUGGGCUUGUCUCCUUCUCUGGGUGCAGGAGCUGCAGAUAACAAGACCUCCACUACCAUGUUGCCUCUCAUGCUGCCUGCCAUGGGCACUCUGCCUAACGUCUUUGGCCUUAGUGGACUUUUUGGUGGCAACAUGGCGGCGGCUGCUGCUGCUAACUUGAACACCACGACCACUUCAGAGUCUGAGGAAACAAAGAAAGAUGGAGAACCCAAGGAGGAAGGUGACAAGAAGGAGGAAUCAGAGAAACCUGCUGAGACGGAGUCAAGCGAUGCAAAUGCGGCCGCUGCAGCAACCAGUCUUUCUACCAAUCCUCUGGCGUUUAACCCCUUCCUGCUCUCCACCAUGGCUCCUGGGCUUUUCUACCCCUCCAUGUUCCUGCCCCCUGGUUUAGGUGGUUUGGGUCUGCCCAGCUUUUCUCCUGCUGCUCUCGCUGAGCUCCAGAACGCGAUGAGUGGAGCGUUAGGAGCGACUGGAGAGGAGAAGGAGGUAAACAAGGAGACUGCACAGACUCAGGAUGCAGUUAAACCCAGCAGCACUGUGGACAACAGCGACUCUGAUGAGGGAGAGAACAAAACAGACGACUUUACCGGAGUGGCAGAGGAGCUGGACUCUGUGGAGGCAGAAGAGGAAGAGGACGACGAUGAAGAGGAAGAACUUGGAGAUGAUGAUGAUGAUGAAGACAAGAGUGAUUAAGGAGGCAAAUCCACCUGACUGACUUUCUGCCUUUUUCCCCCAGAGGGCUUUUUUUUUUUUUCUCAAAGUAUAACUCUACUGAUGUCCCAAACAGGAUUUUUAUGUCAUUUUGGUUUAGUUUAGUUAACAAGUGAUCAGUACCAUGAUGAGGGAACACAAUGUCUCUGCAGGACUACAGUGAGGUGUAUACACACACACACACACACACACACACACACAGGCUGUAAUGGACACGUUUGGUUUUUGGCCUGUGGUGAUGUGCUUUAUAGAGGAGGUGAUGACUGAACCAUCCGGUAUCCUGUUAGGAAUGAGAAGGUUCCCAUGUUGCUUUGCUGCUUCUUUCUGUUCAAUUUUUUAAUUUUUUUUCUCCUUCUACUGUUGUUGAUGUAAACAGUGAGUGAGUAGCAUCUCGAAGAGGAACGUUCAGUGGCAUACAGUUUUAAACAGCAUUAAGACGAGCGACUCUCUCCAAGCUGCUGAAAACCCAAUUAAAGAGAAUGAAAUGUGGAUUUUGUUUUUGUCGUACUGUUCUGCUGAGGGAUGAAGUUCUCACAUAUCAAAGCGUACACUUGGACUGCUCAAGUCUCUCACACUGACAAUCUAUACGGGUGAGGAGACGCUCGGCCUGUGGAGACAGCAAUAACCGAAGGCAGCUCCUGAAUGUUCCACUUUACCACAGUGUGUGUAAGGGGGUGGGGGUGUGUGUGUGGGAGUGAGAGUGUAAGCAGAUAGAGGUGGUGUGUGUGUGCGCGCGCAUGUGUGUAUGUGUGUGUAUGGGGGGGGGGGGGGGUGUGGCGGCAGGUGUUCGUAAAAUGGAUGUGUCAUGAAUUAUUGCGGUCGAAUUGUCUCAUAAGGAUCUCCACGAUGAUGCACUGGUGUAAGGAUGAAAUCAGGUACCUUUAUCUAUUUGAAUGGACGUUGUUACUUUAGCCACCAAGCUGAACAGCAUUACCUCAGAUCUUAACUAGCCUUGAAGUUUACAGACAUAAGCGUGUUGUAAAUGGUUUUUUUCUUGAUCUUUUGUCUCUUCACUUUUUUCCUUUUUUUAUUUGAAACAUCAUGUAUGAUGAACUGUAAAUGGCUGCCAACUGUAGUAAUGAUGCUUUUAAUAAAAGUGACUCAUGAUAUUCGCAUAGACA